AUCUCUGGCUUCUUUUACUCUACUCUACUCUACUCUCUACUCUCUACUCUCCACUCUCUUCCUUAUUUCUAUCAAUUUUUUUUCUGUUUCCAACUCAAUUUCACAUUCUCCAUACAAAGUAACUACAUUACUAUUUAAUUUAGUUCAUCUUAACUUCUGGGGCUUUCAAAAGCUUCCAACUUUUUUGGAAAAUCUUUCCUACUCAAAUUUUGGACUUGUGCCCAUUUUUCUUUUGUGAAAGUUGGUAUUUGGGUUACACUGAUUUGAACAUCUGGUUACUUACACCUCAGUUUGGUUCAUUUUUUCUUAACGGGGAUUAAUAUCAAAGGGGUGUUGGUGGGGGAAGGGUGUGAUAGCUUCAUAAGAGACCUCAAAUUUCUUUUUAAGACCAUGAUUCUGGCACACAACGGGUGCCUUCUGUUGAAUUCUCGCCUUAUUCUUCACAAAGAAUAUAUCAUAGACAAAAGUUUCUACUUUUGGAUCUUUCAGAUUUUUAAUAGCUAUAGUCUUGGUACCUAACAGGAAAAUUCUAUAUCCUUCACCAACAUUCUUGAAAAUACUAUCUUUUUUGUUGUGUUAAAUUGAGACCGGAAGAGACUAGAAAACUGCAUAUACCUUUGGUUCCUUGUUUCUCAAUUAUACACUUUCCAUUCUGUAAGUGAGAAUGGGAGGGGCAUCACUGCCUCCGGGUUUUCGUUUCCACCCUACUGAUGAAGAACUGAUAGGAUACUACCUGAAAAGAAAAGUUGAGGAGCUUGAAAUUGAACUUGAAGUUAUCCCUGUGAUUGAUUUGUACAAGUUUGAUCCUUGGGAGUUGCCGGAGAAGUCAUUCUUACCCAAAAGAGACUUGGAAUGGUUCUUCUUUUGUCCAAGGGAUCGAAAGUAUCCGAAUGGAUCAAGAACAAACAGAGCUACCAAAGCAGGAUAUUGGAAAGCCACUGGAAAAGACAAAAAGGUUGUGUGCCAAUCUAGUCCAUCAACAUCAAUCAUGAAAGCCACCGGAUAUCGCAAGACCCUUGUUUUCUAUCGGGGAAGAGCCCCUUUAGGCGACCGAACGGAUUGGGUUAUGCACGAGUAUCGCCUCUGUGAUGAUCUUGGCCAAGACUCACCAAGUUUUCAGGGUGCUUAUGCUUUGUGCCGGGUUAUUAAGAAGAAUGACAAGGCCAGUGAUUACAAGGGUAAAAGAGGUGUCAGCAGUUCCAAGAAUGAGAAUGAGACCUCAAUGAGAUUGUCAUCCUCUAAGGAGCACUUGAGCAUCUCUGCUGAUGUUUCUUCUCAAGCAAGUCAGCUAUGCAGCGAGAGUCGUUAUUCGAGCCCUAUAGCUUCUCCUUGUGCAUACAAUGUGGCUGCAACGGCUGUGUUUGAGCCACCUUCUGUGGACACUAAUCCUUCAACCUUCUUGGUCUCCCCUGAUAUGAUUCUUGAUUCUUCAAAGGACUUUGCUCAAACACAAGAUGCUAUUUCAGAAUUCCUUCCGCAUCAUGAAUUGCUAAGUACAAUGACACCAUGGCAAUCAUUGGAACAUACAGAAAUUUCAUCCAGUUCAUCCUACUCAAAUUUCAAUGGGGAGAUAGAAUUCUCUGAUGAACUUGGCCUAAUUGGCCGAAUGUCGCGUUACUCAGGACAAGUAGACAUGUUAGACUUCUAUGGAAAUGAGGAAGUGCUGUAUGAAUAUGAAGGAUAUGACCAGAUCAAUUCAAUCAGAGAUCCAAGACAAUUCUGAAGUGAAAAGGAAA